UUAAAAACGACGGUGCGUACUAAAACCAAAAAUAACCGAAGAAUAAUUCGUUUUAAAAAAUCUUUAAUUCAUUAAGCAAUGAAUAAAAAUAAAGACGGAUCUCGCUGGUAUCAGAAGCGUUAUCGAGCAAGUGGCCAACGAGGAAAUAACGACAGCCGCAGAAUUUAUUUUUUGCCUUACGCCUUACGUAACCGAUCGAUGCGCCGCCUUCCGUGCGAUGUUGGAGAAAGAGUUGAGCUUUUUUCGGGACAUAGUCAACGACACCGUCGAUCGUCGGAUUCAAGACGAAGCCGAUGUCAUGCUGAAUACCCAAAACGACAUUAAGAAUAAAUUUCGUUCGUUGACGGACGCCAUGACACAAAGAACCAUGAGAAUUCGUCAAAGGCUUUAUGAGAUAUCACCGACUUUCAAUUGGGCCCGGGACGGACGGGACAAACUCAAGAUUUCGAAAUUCAUCAUUAAGCCCAUGACUCGUGAUGCGUCGAAAGAAAAAGAGACGACGAACUCGUCGAACAUCGUCGACAAGCUGGUCCAUCAAGUAUUCAUGCGUGGACAGUGGCUCAAAAAAGAGCUGACCCGUUUGCAAGAAGAGAACAACAAUCUCGAGUUUUUCUUGGAUAAAUUCCGUUGUCUGGCUGCGGAGCGCAAGGAGCAAGAAUCUUACGUGCCGAAAAUGCUUUCACGGGAAAAGAAAGAACUGGACCGAGAAUUAAUGAAAUUGCGAAAGACUUACAAGAAAAAUCUGGAAAUCAUAAACGCUCUUUACAUCGAACAUCAACGUUGCAUUAUGCCGGAGAGCGAGACCUCGCUCCUCGAAUAAAAAACAGAUUUGAAUUAUUUACAAUAAUUCAAUAAAUCCGU